AUGAUAUAUAAUGUAUACAAUAAUUCAAUUAAUUUGCCACUUUCCCACUAAGUAGUUAACCAAUUUUGCCAUUGCACGAAUAGCAACCUCCUGCAUCUCUUCAGGCCUGUUGUGUGUGAUUUCCUCAUGAGAAAUAUCACCGAGGUUACCAUAUUUGUAUUCAGAGGCUUCACAGAUAACACUGAGCUUCAAAUUCUCCUCUUCUUCCUUUUUCUACCCAUUUAUCUUUUCACUCUCCUGGGAAAUUUAGGAAUGAUCCUACUGGUGGCUGGAGAUUCACGACUGCACAACCCCAUGUACUAUUUCCUGAGUGUCUUAUCAUCUCUGGACGCGUGCUUUUCAACCAUCAUUACCCCCAGAAUGCUACUAGAUUUUGUAUCAGUAAAGAAAGCCAUUUCACUGUCUGGCUGCGCGGCGCAGAUGUUUCUGGCUGUGACGUGUGGGACCACAGAAUGUUUUCUGCUGGCUGCAAUGGCUUAUGACCGCUACAUAGCCAUCUACCACCCUCUUCUCUACUCAGUGAUCAUGUCACCCAGAGUCUUCGUGCCCCUCAUCCUUGUUUCUUUCGUUGGGGGAAUCCUGCACUCUUCUAUACACACAGGGGCCACCUGGAGCCUAUCUUUCUGUGGCUCCAAUGAACUUCAGCAUUUCUUCUGUGAUAUCCCUCCUCUACUCGCGAUCUCAUGCACUGACACGCACAUCAAUCAGCUUCUGCUCUUCGUCUUUGUGAGUUCCAUUGAGAUGGUCACUCUCCUGAUUGUCCUGGUGUCCUAUGGCUUCAUCCUGUUGGCCAUCCUGAAGAUGCGUUCAGCUGAAGGGAGGAGAAAGGUGUUCUCCACGUGUGGCUCUCACCUGACUGGGGUGUCCAUUUAUCACGGGACGAUCCUCUUCAUGUACAUGAGGCCGAGUUCUAGCUACGCUCUGGAGCACGACAUGAUCGUGUCGGUGUUUUACACCAUCGUGAUCCCCAUGCUCAACCCCAUCAUCUACAGUCUCAGAAACAAAGACGUGAAAGACGCACUGAUGAAACUAUGUAGAAAAUAUCGGUGUAUGAAUUAA